ACGUCUGAUGAGUGCAACGUAGCUAAUGAGCCGAUACACAACAUCCUGUGUGGAGACGUUUAUCAGAGCACAAGUCUGAGUCCGUGCUGAUAAAUCUGAGCGUGGGACAACAUUAACACUGUGUGUUUGUGUCGGCUACUAUUUCACGAACACAGCGUCUGUGGACAGCAGCGAAGGAAACACAACUGAACUCUUAAAUUAGCCCCACACCGCGCGUCUCGAGACGGGAAAAAUGGCCUCAGACGAGCUGUCCCAGAAACUCGGCCGCCGGCUUCUGAUUGAAGAGGGAGCGGAGGCGCCCGUGGCCGUGGACGUGGACGAGCCCGGACCACAGGGCGAGAGCGAGGAGAAGGAGAGCGCGGCCAACGCAGACUCGGAGCUGGGGGCUAAGCUGGCGCGAAGAGGGGCGUUAAACGAGGGCGUGGGUGAGCCGUGCCAGCCCAGCUUGAAGGUGUGCAACCCGUACACUGAGUUUAAGGAGUUCUCCCGAAAACAGAUCAAAGACAUGGAGAAGAUGUUCAAAAUGUAUGAUGCUGGGAAAGACAACUUCAUUGACCUGAUGGAGCUGAAACUGAUGAUGGAGAAGCUCGGUGCUCCGCAGACACACCUCGGUUUGAAGAACAUGAUCAAGGAAGUAGACGAGGACCUGGACAACAAACUCAAUUUCAGAGAGUUCCUGCUGAUUUUCAGAAAAGCGGCAGCAGGAGAGCUGGCAGAAGACAGCGGCCUCUGUGUCCUCGCUCGCCUCUCUGAAAUCGACGUCUCCACAGAGGGAGUUAAAGGAGCCAAGACCUUCUUUGAAGCCAAAGUCAAGGCCAUCAAUGAGUCCAAUAAGUUUGAGGCAGAGAUCCGUCAGGAGCAGGAGGAAAAGAAGAAGCAGGCCGAGGAGCAGAAACAGAGACGAGCUGCUUUCAAUGACCUGAAGUUGGCUUUUAAAUGACCACCUUUCUCUCUCAUCUCAGGACGUUUUCACUCUCUGUGCUGCACUAAUGACAGAGUGUGUUUGAAUGCCCGGUGUCUGUCAGACAGUGUUCUGAGUCGACCCAAAGUCCCGUACAUUUUUCACCAAUAGUCUAUAAUACAUAACGGAAAAGAAAAUCAGCAGGAAAAACAAAAUUCAGUGAUUCAUUUGUAUAUUUGUAUCUCUAUAGCUCAGUAAUGCCUUCAAACAUCAGUAUGCAACUAAAGCUGAGCUAAAUUUAUGGACAAGUCUUUGUGUCUGCAAUUUCAAAGAGCUCAUUUUUGUUACCCAAAUAUCCACUCUGUGGCCACUGUGCUGGCACAGUGGGGGGUGCUGACCCACAGGGGUCAACGGAUUACGUUCCACAGAAGGAAAAUCUGAUCUAGUAGAGUUAAAAAAACAAAAAUGACAGUGCCCUCUUUAAACUGUGAGGUAUAUGAAAGGAUUAAGCCCAUUCUGCCUUCCUCAAUCCUGUUAUACCUGAAGGGAUAAACACACACACACACACACACACACACAGCCACCAUCUGUACCUGCAGUGUUUGGCUCUUAAAUCUCAACUGUAGCUAAAGUUACUCAGGAGCUUCGACUUACCUCCUGAGUAAUUGUGUAGACUUCUGAUGAAUGCACUUGUGCGUCUGAGUUAUAUUUCAUUGACUUCAUUCAUUCCGUAACUUGUCUUCUAUCCACUGUGACUCGUUAAAUGUGUUAAAUGGUGAACAAAUAGCAGCAGAGUUCUCACAGUUUUUUUUCUUUUUAUUUUUCUACACUGGGGUUCGGGGCUGGGUACGGAGUAGAUUUUGCUUGUGGUCUGGGAUGGUACGUGGUGGUGGUGGUGGUUCAUUUUACAAGCUGGUCAUUCACAAGCUUCAUUGCUGAGUUCUGGAGAUGUUGAGUCUGCUCAACACAAACCGUCAGACCACCUGAAAGCUUUUUAAAUCAGUUAUCCAAAAAACAAAAUCACUUAAACCACUUUCAGACGUGCACUUAACUCCAGAGAUUGUCCGCUGGGGCUUUUUGUGUGAAUGCAAAUGUUCUCAGGAGAAUCUCUGGAGAUUCCCUGCAUGAUCCAUUGCUUGUUCAUCCUAGAAGCAGGACACUCACCCUUUCACUCUGAAACGCAGCACUCUUGGACAUUAAAUGGAAAUUCCAGUAGAGGUAGAAUUCUUGUAGGAGAAUCCUGUCUGAAAGCGGCUUCAGGUUUCAUUCUCUCUGUGGUUUAAUGGUUUGCACUCGUAUAGCAAAGACUCAGCAAUGAAGUGAGUUUGUAAAAUGUCUGUCUAAACCUAAAUGAAUGAAUGAAUGAAUGGAUGAAUCCACACGAGGUUCCAUAUUUUAAAAAGUGCUCUCACUGUAUGAACCCUCCCAUGUGCCGUUAUAGCAGCGUGUGUUUAAAAGCUUCCACAGUUCAAUCACUGUUCUGUCACUAAUGUGAAAUCCUUGUUUUUCUCUCGUGACCCCGUGACCCUCGCUCGUGAAAUCCUUGAGUUGUCUGGGAUCAGGUGAAUCUUUUCUAGCCAGGAGAUUUGCACAUUUUUUGCACUUCCACGGUCAUUUGAUGUACGUGUUAACUCAAGAGCUCGUGUUUCAAACGUUGAUGUCACUGUUAACGUUCAUGUGACGCCAUCAUCAUCAUCGUCCCGAAUUCAAAACAUGGAUAAUCCCAAAGAUUGUGUGACGAAUCGUUCUCGUGAGCGUAAUUACUUUUAGACUGAAGAUAACACGGAUAAUGCACUGCCAGAAAAUGUGAUGAAAGAUAACCAGGCAGCAGACGUUCAAUUAAAGAAAAACAAGCACUUAAACUUACAGAUGACAAUCGCACAAUAACCCAUACACAUUAUUCAUUUAGUACAGUGUGAGAUAACGUUGGUCUCACGAGUUUUAAUGAAGUGAUGAACAAAUCUAAGUUUAGUGAAAGGACAGACAGAAGUUUUGCAGAUCAGACUGAGAUGCUGUUGUUUAGACCUGAUGUUGACAUCCGUCCCUGUUCUGCUGUGUAUGCAAACACUCAUGGACAUCGUUUAUGUCCACAAAGACCUGAAGAUGUUGUUUUAUAGUCUGUUGUGAGCCUAUGUUUGUGUUUUAGGCAGAUCAUGUAGGAUUAAGAGGGGGUUGCUCCGUUGUAGGGCUGCAACUAAAGAUUAUUUUCUUGAUUGAUCGAGUGCUUCUUGUGUUUACCAAAUCUGGAAAUGAUGAUGUUCCUAUGUCCACAAACCAACAUGAUUCAGUUUUAAUGUUUUCUUUGUUACUCACAUUUAAGAAGCUGAAAAAUCUGAAAACAAAGAGUUUACGGUCAUUAUGUCACACAUUCACUUCACAUGUAUCAGAUAUUUCUUCUUCUUAAAUGCUGUAUACAAUCCUAAUGACUUGUGUAUGUGUGUGUGGUGUAUGGGGGGGUUUCUAAAUUCAGAUACUAGUUUUUAUAUAAGUUUAUCUCUUUAUAUAAUCUCAAAGAUUUGUCAUUUUUGUCGGGAACCUAUUAAUUUUGCUUUGUCGGUUGGAUUUCGUAUCUUAGAUCUUUGCUAUUGAACCAUUUUGUUAACGUAUGGGGGACAAACGUUUGCUUUUUACUACGUUAAAUAAUGUGCCAGAGCAUAGUUGUCGUGAAAGUGAAAUGUUCUUAAUCAACAAUCAAACAAAUGUCAUCACAGUAUUUUUUUAAAUCUGACUUGACUGUAUUUCAGAUUUAGUCUGGACUUAAAUGAGUUAUUUUUGGUAGGAAGGGCUCCGUUUUAUAUUUGCAAACAUUCCUUUUUUGUAUUUCCUUGAUGGUUCUUUAUUAAGCUGUGUAAACAAAACAAAAAGGGCAAUUAUUUUAAAUAUCAUUCCAUUAAAAAUGACACGCAGUGAUGUGGAGUUGAGUGCAAACACUGGGUUCCAUGAUUAGUUUUUCCUCUGAGUUCUCCUCACACUUCGUGACUGUUUUUCUGAAGCCGUGCCAAAUGUUGAAACUACUGUCACAGGCCUUUUCACUCUACAGCAACACAAAUGUAAACGGGAACAAUGUAAACCAUGAUGAAUUAUAGUUAUUUACAAACA